UCAUGUUCUUAUCUUUCCCUUUUCCUUUCUCUCUUUCUGAUCACAUUCUGAUUAAAAAUAGAAAUGCUUUUUCUUCAUCUGUAUCAUCUUUUCAUGCCGUUUGCAGCAUUUCAUCUCACCUUCUCCUCUCCCCUCCCUCGCUGAGGAAAAAAAAAUCCCAUCUUUUGCAUUUUACAAAUCUCCCCUCGACCUUAAAAUCAAUCUAUCAACUUUGUCAGCUUCUGGGUGUUUCCCCAAAUCUUCAACCCUUCUCUACUGUCUAGCAGCCUUUCUGGGUUUUUUUUUUCUCUCACUUAGUUCUUGAUCGAACCCAGCUGGAAAAUGUGAGAAUGGAGAAGCUUUGGGUGAUAAAGUUUCGAUUUUGACCUCAAACCCACCAUCCGACGUGGUUUUCAGACAGAGACAGAGACACCCCAAUGGGUUCGGAACAAAACAGAUUUCCUCAGCAAGAGCGGAGGAAAAGAUGGGGAGGAUGUUUAGGAGUGUUAUCUUAUUUCAAGUCUCAAAAAAGUGGGAAAAAACGUAUAGUACCCGCAUCACGUAUUCCCGAAGGCAAUGCCUCGGUGGCUCAACCCAAUGGAGCUCAAGCCAUCGGAUUGACUAACCAAGCCACAGGAGGAAUAGCUUUAUCUCUUUUGGCUCCACCAUCUUCACCUGCAUCCUUUACAAACUCUGCUCUUCCUUCCACCGCUCAAUCACCAAACUGCUUCUUGUCAAUGUCUGCAAACUCGCCCGGGGGUCCUUCUUCCACCAUGUUUGCAACUGGACCUUAUGCCCACGAGACCCAGUUGGUCUCACCUCCUGUGUUUUCGACAUUCACUACUGAACCGUCCACCGCUCCUUUCACUCCCCCUCCCGAGUUGGCUCACCUCACCACUCCAUCCUCACCCGAUGUACCUUAUGCCCGGUUCUUGAUAUCCUCCAUGGAUCUCAAGAACGCCGAUAAAGGGCACUAUAAUGUUUCAAACGAUCUUCAAGCAACGUAUUCCCUUUACCCCGGAAGCCCUGCAAGCACUCUUAGAUCGCCAAUCUCACGGGCUUCGGGUGAUGGCUUAUUGUCCCCGCAGAAUGGCAAAUGUUCGAGGAGUGAUUCCGGCAACGCAUUUGGGCAUGACACGAACGGAGCUUCGACGCCAUUGCAGGAGUCAAACUUCUUCUGUCCUGCCACAUUUGCCAAAUUUUACCUGGAUUAUGAUCCUUCGGUUCCUCAAAAUGGUGGAAGACUAAGUGUGUCCAAGGAUUCGGAUGUCUACCCUUGUAGCGGAAACGGAAACCAGAACAGGCAGACGACGUCGAAAACUCCCAAGCAAGACAUGGAGGAGUUAGAAGCUUACAGGGCUUCCUUCGGGUUCAGUGCAGAUGAAAUCAUAACAACUAGUCAGUAUGUAGAGAUCACUGAUGUGAUGGAUGACUCUUUCACCAUGGCUCCUCCUCUUGGCCCGGAUAAAUCGUCCUUCAAAGAAAGCUCGGAGAUUUUCUCGCCAAGCAACGAGCAGAAGUUUCUGAGGAAAGAGGUUCAGAAGGGCGGCAAAUCAGAAACCAAUCGCAGUGCUGUUGAAGUUGUAGACUUUCAUGCAUUGAAGGCAGCCAAUGGCCACAGAGACCAUAAACCAAGGAUCCAGACAGAUGAAGAAGCUCUAUUAUCGAGGGUGGGUUCGAUGAAAGGGAGCAGGAGAAGUCAUAUGGGCUUAUCAUGCUCUGAUGCAGAGAUCGAAUACCGGAGAGGAAGAAGCUUAAGAGAAGGCAGAGACCGCAAAUCUUGAUCAUAAGAAUGAUCCAAAAUCUCUGAAAGACUUGUUGGUUUGGUUUCAUCCAAUCUUGUACUUGUGUCUUCUUCCUCCCGGUACGAACACCAAAGGGCUAUGCUGUUUCUGGGUUCACUUCUCUUGUGAUGAUGCUAACUCUGUCUGUCAUUAUAUCUAAUUAGUAUAUAUAUAUAUAUAUAGAUGUCUAAGUAGAUGAAGUUAUAUAUAUAUAUAUAAGCAAGGACGAGAAAGUGGUUGUUUUUGUGUUUCAUCAACUCUUGUAAUGAGUCUGUUAAAACCAAAAUGCAAGCUGUCUGGUUUCUCUUCACUUUUUCA